UAGGAGAGUGGUCCGACUAUCUCCGGCGCAUCCGGGCCGGUUUUCACAGUCGGCGACAGGGAUCUGGUUUUCAUGCUCCUUCGAUCCGUCCAGCGCAACAUCUUCAGCCGCAGAACAGGACCGUCGUUUUUAGCGCGUUAUAACGUCCGUAUAAUGUUGCCUGCAACUCAAGAACGGAAGGCAGAGCUAUUAGAAUCCCUGGCGGAGAUUCGGUCUCGCGUUGCUUCCGCCUCGCCCACUACACCCGUUGUACUCGUUGCUGUCUCAAAGUACAAACCAGCAUCAGAUAUUCAAGCAUGCUUAGAGGACGGACAACUAGACUUUGGGGAAAAUUACGUCCAGGAGUUGGUCGAGAAGGCCAAGGAGCUCCCCCUCGAAAUUCGCUGGCAUUUUAUAGGUGCCCUCCAAAGCAACAAGGCCAAAACUCUGGCCGCGAUCCCUAAUCUCUACACGGUCCAAACACUGACAUCAGAAAAAGCAGCGAGCGCAUUAAACAAGGCGCUACCUUUGGAUCGUACGGCCCCGCUUAAUGUUCUUAUCCAAGUUAACACUUCCGGAGAGGAAGCAAAGUCUGGUCUUGCGCCUUUAUCGAAAAAUAAUCCUUCGGGAGACCUCACACAGCUCGCCAAGUUCAUCGUCAACCAAUGUCCCCGACUACGACUACAAGGAUUAAUGACGAUAGGUGCACUGGAGCAGUCUUUGAAUUCUGGUGAUGAUAAUGCCGACUUCGAAAGGCUGAAGGAGACACGAAACAUUCUGCAAAGUUUUCUGUUAAUGGAGUUUCAGGAUACAUGGAAGGGAAAAUGGGGUGCUGAGACGGGCGAUGGACGAUUGCUCUUGAGCAUGGGCAUGUCGAAUGACUUCGAGGCUGCCAUAAAGGCUGGAGGUGAUAUUGUCAGAGUUGGUACUGGGAUUUUCGGAUCGAGAAAGACCAAAGCUGACAUAGCGCCGGUAAAGGUCCUUUAAUGGUACUAAUCAUUUCUCUCCAUAAUCCACAACAUCGUCGUUUUCGACAUGAUAACAAUGUCCCACGGGUAUCUCAACAAUUCUUUUCGUCCAGAAAGGAUGCCAUGGUCAACCCGCCAGCGAUUGAAUCCUUGAACCUCUUCCACUACUGUCCAUUGCUCUGGGGUUGUCUCUGUCACUUCCAUUAUCAAAUGGGUGAUAGAUUGAGACGCAUUCAAAUCCUGCAGCGUCAAGUUUUCUGUUUUAUCGUAGGUCCAAGAUCUGUCUUUCACAGGUGUUAAGUAUGGCGGUGAAUGUUCUUGCAGGAAUAGCGAAGCCCCAGUUUGAGCAGCAAGGUUUGAUAUGUGG